ACUCUCAGAACAGCAACCAACCAGCGCAGGCAAGAGGCAACCAGUUCAUCCUUGAGAACAUCCUUCUUUCUGUGUUCCGUUCCGUCCAUCACCAACGACAACCAGGCAAGCAGCAUAUAUAUUAUAUAACAAGACAAAAACAGCCCCAUUUUGAAGAAGAGAGGGACGACUGUUGGAGAUUGGAGAAGGUGGAAUACUGUUCAACAGAUGACUUAACUCUGUCCCCAAAAGGAGGGAAAAGUGCUACUAUUGAUACUUAUUUUAAGAGAAAGAAUAGUGAGUCUUUGUCCUCAUCUACUCCUAAUUUUGAAUUAUCAAAUAUUGAGACUCCUUCUCUAAAGUCUCCUAGUAUUGAAAAUAAAGAAGUGGUUAAAGAAGAUGAUCUUGCUUCAUUGGAAAGAGAUCCUGCACUACGCCCUCCGAUAUGGAAAUUUCCUAUAAAUCAACAAGAUGAAAUUCGUCGUGCGUAUCUUAAACUUGGUCCAUUUCAGUGCAAGCUUCAAAAUUAUCCUUUCUCUGGGCUAGAGAAGAAUCGACAUCACUUUUGCUCUUCCUGGUUUGAUUUGUUUCCAUCUUGGUUAGAGUAUUCUCGAACUAAAGAUGUUGCAUUUUGUUUGCCUUGUUAUUUAUUUAGUAAACCAGGCGGCAAUGGUCGUUUUGGACUUAGUACAUUUGUUGUUGAGGGAUUCAGAAGUUGGAAAAAGGUUAAUGAUGGAGAAAAUUGUGCUUUUCUGCGCCAUGUCAGAAAAAAUAUUAUCUCAAUGCAUAAAAAUGCUGUGAGAUCAUGUAGUGAUCUUAUGAACCAAUCUCAACAUAUUGAGAUAUUGGUUGAAAGACUUACUUCUCAGCAGAUUGCAGCUAAUCGUUUGAGACUACAAGUUUCUGUGGACGUGACAAGAUGGCUUGCUUUGCAAGGAUGUACUUUUAGAGGUCAUGAUGAAAACUUAGAUUCACUUAAUCGGGGUAAUUUUUUGGAGAUGAUAAAGUUUUUAGCUUCCUAUAAUCAAGAAGUUGCGUUGGUUGUUUUAGAAAAAGCUCCUCAAAAUGCUUCAUAUAGUUCCCCUCGAAUUCAAAAGGAAAGUCUUCAUGUUUUCUCUCAAAAGGUAAAGGACACAAUACGAGAAGAAAUCUCCAACGCCAAGUUUUGUCUUAUUGUUGAUGAAGCUAGUGAUGUAUCUAAAAAAGAGCAUAUGGCUAUUGUUUUGAGAUUCGUAGAUAAAGAUGGUUUUAUACGGGAAAGAUUUUUUGGUCUUGUACAUGUGGAAAAUACACGUGCUAAGACUUUGAAACAAGGACUAUGUAACUCUCUUCGUCACCAUAAUCUUGAUGUUCAAAAUAUUCGGGGACAAGGGUAUGAUGGAGCUAGCAAUAUGCGAGCUCAUCGCCUUCAACUUGCCUUGGUUGCUGCAUCUCAUGAGCGUAAUGAUGAGUUAAGGGUUGCCCAAACAAAGAAAACUGCAAGAAUGAUUGCUAUUGAUGAACUCGAAUCAGGAGUUGGUCUUAAUCAGGUUGGUACUUUGCAUCGAGUUGGAGCUACUCGUUGGAGUUGUCAUUACAAUUCGAUAUGCAGUUUGUUUCAAAUGUUUAAAGCCACAUGUGAAGUUCUUGAUAAUAUUUCUAAUGAAGGAAAGACAGCAUCACAUCAUGGAGAUGCAGAUAAUGCAUACUCAUCAUUGACAUCUUUUAAUUUUGUCAUCAUAUUGCACCUUAUGAAGGAAAUUAUGGGUAUUACUGAAGUCCUUUGUCAAGCUUUGCAACUAAAAAAACAUGGCAUUGACAUUCCAGAUAUGAGUGCAAAAUAUAUUGGAAGGAGAGGUUGUGCUCGAAAUGAACAAGGUGAUUUUUCUACUGAGAAAUUUUACAGGGUAAAUAUCUUUUGUGCUACAAUUGAUUAUCAAUUACAAGAACUAAAUAUCAGGUUCAAUGAUAAUACUGUUGAAUUACUUACUUUGAGCAGGACUUUAGAUCCAAGAAAAAAGUACAAGUCAUUUAAUAGUGAUGAUAUUUGUAAACUUGUUGAUAAAUUUUAUUCUAGAGAUUUCACAGAACAGGAAAAAUUGCAUUUGAAGAUGGAGUUACAACAUUUUGACCUUGACAUUCCUAAACAUCCAGAUUUGAUUAAUUUAUCAACUACUUCUGAAUUAUGUCAAGGGCUAGCAAGAACUGGAAAAUCCAAUAUUUACCCUCUUAUUGAUAGAGUGAUUAGACUUGUACUCACUCUUCCAGUUUCUACACCAACCACUGAAAGAUCUUUCUCAGCUAUGAAGAUAAUCAAGACCAGGCUUCGAAAUAGAAUGGAAGACAUUCGAUAG